AUGUCAUGCCGUAAGCGCCCAGCGGCUGCGCUCUCCGCGCUCCCGCGUAUUGAUGACGUGGGGCGUCAUGCGCAAGCUGUUCGGGACAUCGUGACUGACCAUCCGGAUUGGGGCUAUAGGCGUGUUGGCGCUCGGCUCGGCGAGCUCCUGCACGUGACGCUGGAGGAGUCCGAUUAUCGGCAGGUGCUGCGGCUGCAGAAGGCGGAGCCGGUUGCAUCUGCUGCCUAUCGCAACGGUUGGCCCGACUUUUCCGGGAACGUGCGUGACUACGUGGACUCUAUCCAGGAGCUAGUGGCCUCUCAUCCGGAGUUGGGUUACUGGUCUAUCGGGCGCAGGCUUGAGCAAAAGCUCUGCGUGAGGCUAUCCAUUGCCAACCUGAAGGUUAUCGAUCGCAUCAUGCAGGAGCUGUCUGAGGGUCGCGCCGCGGUGGGCGCGCCGCAGUUGGAGGAGUUCAUUGGGAACGUGCGGGAUCACGCAGCCGACUUUUGCGGGAACGUGCGUGAUCACGUGGACUCUAUCCAGGAGCUAGUGGCCUCUCAUCCGGAGUGCAGUUACUGGUCUAUCGGGCGCAUGCUUGAGCAGAAGCUCUGCGUGAGGCUAUCCAUGGCCAACCUGAAGGUUAUCGAUCGCAUCAUGCAGGAGCUGUCUCAGGGUCGCGCCGCGGUGGGCGCGCCGCAGUUGGAGGAGUUCAUUGGGAACGUGCGGGAUCACGCAGACUCUAUCAGAGCACUCGUGGCGGCUCACCCUGGCAUGGGGUACUGGGGCAUUUCGAAGGAGUUCGAGAAGCACAUCCGGUUGAGACUAUCCCCUGCCCACAUGCAGACAGUGAGGCGCAUCGUGGACGGCAUCUCGCAGGCCCGUGCUGCGCCGAGCACGCAGCGGGAUACGGACAACUAUGAGGUUGCCUCUGCGGACGUGCGCGACCACGCUGCCACCAUCAUGGAACUCACGACGCGUCACCCAACCAUGGAAUAUCAUGGCAUCGCAGUCGAGCUCGAGAAGGUGCUUGGGGUGGAGCUAUCUCAGAGUCAGAAGGAGGGCAUCUCUUCUGUCAUGGCCGAGAUCAGCAUCGACCUCGUCACCGACGACGAGGCUAUGCCAGAGGAGUCGGAGGUCGGCGAUAUAUUUUCUGGCAGCGUGCGUGAUCAUGUGGGUUCUAUCAAGGAGCUUAUGGCCUCUCAUCCGGAUGAUGGGUAUAGGUCUAUCGGAAGCAUGCUUGGGCAGAGGCUUGGCGUGAAGCUAUCCACCGCCCACUUGCAGGUGAUCUAUCGCAUCAUGAAGGAGCUGUCGGAGGGUCGUGCGGUGGAGCCGGACUGGGGGGAGUUUUCCGGGGACGUGCGGCAUCACGUUGAUUCUAUCAGAGCACUUGUGGCGCUUCACCCUGGCCUGGGCUAUAAGGGCAUUGCGCAUGAGCUCGGGCAGCACAUUCGGCAGAAUCUAUCUCAGGCUCAUGUGAAAGUUAUCAAGCGCAUCGUCGAUGGUAUUUCUCGGGGCCGUGCUGUCUCGCAGCGGGCGCUUUCUGACUGCGCGGAGGGCGCAGUGGACGUGCGGGACCACGUGGAGACUAUCGAGGAGCUCAUGAUGCAGGACCCGAGCCUGGACUAUCAGGGUAUUGCCCGUCAGCUCGAGGACAAGUUGCAGGUGCAGCUAUCUGAUGGUCUGAAGCAGGCAAUAUGUGGACUGAUGGCCCAGAUCGGUAUCCACCUUCUGGCUGAUGAUAAGUCUGCGCCAGAGCCAUUGGAUAUCGAGGCUUUUAACGGGGACGUGCGGGAGCACGUGGAUGCUAUCCGUGAUCUUGUCGCUUAUCACCCGGACUCCGGGUGCAAGGUUAUCGGCAGCGUGAUGGGGGAGCAGCUCGGAGUCAGGCUACAGUACGCCCACCUCCAGGUGGUCCACCGCGUCAUGACUGAGCUCGCCGAGGGCCGCGCCGCGGUGGGCGUCGCUAUUCGACAGCAGCCUGAGCGCCAGAACUAUCUUGUCUUUACUGGCAACCUGCGGGGGCACUCGGGCGCUAUCAGGGAGCUACUGACGCUGCAUCCCACCGCUGGUCGGGGUUUCAUCCUUCGCGAGCUGGGGUUUCUCAUCGGGCGGCCGUGUGGCAGCUUUCUCAGCUACCUCCGCGUCCAUAAACUUGCGGAUGGGGACCACAACAGGGUCAUCGAGCGCAGAGGACGUGGUGAUGACUCCCGCGUGGCGGUGGGCGUCCGCUAUGCAUUUGAGAUGCAGGAUAAUUUCAUCGGCCAGUUCUGCACUAUGAUGUUCCCGCACGGGGCCCCUGGCACUUUUGUUCCUCCAUUAGACAGCGAUCCCGAGCUCAUCCCCUUCACGAAGCACUAUCUCAAGGCUGUGAAGUACCUGCGGCACCUCGUGUGCCUGAAGGGCACGCGUCCUGCUUGCGAGCAGUCUAUCCGCCGGCAGGUGCAGGCCAUGCUGCCGCGGGAGGCCGGGGACGCAGAAGAAGUUUAUGAUGCACGCGUUCUGUCGAAGAUGCAGAGUACUCGUUGGGUAGGCUUCGCCACGGAGGCCAAUCGUAUCGCCGAUCUGUGCGACGCUUCCGUGGAGUCUAUAGGUAAUCGUCUUCAUGAGUAUAGCUGGGAGCCCUUCGACAGUUGGCCCUGGCGCCCACCGCGUGACUCCGACUCCGAGGACGCGCCUGUCCGCCCGGGAGUUCAACUGUUCCAUCCUCUGAGAUGUGCUGACGACGCUGAGGGCGCCCAUGGUAAGCCUUUCCACUGCGUCGACGCGGCGCUUGAAUACCUCGAGGACGUGGUUGGCGCGGAUCUGCGCAUCCGCGUGUCUCUCGGGCGUGCACUGUCGUUCCGGGCGCGGCUCCAUGCCGCGCACGUCUACUUUAACCACAUGCAGUUCUGCUUUGAUCAUCCCGAGGCUAUCCCGCCGGAUGUUCGCCGCAGGGCUGACUGCCUGUUGCCGGACAGGCAGAACCGAUACUACGAACAGUGUAAGAAAGAGUGGAGGAGAUGUCAGGCGCAUGCGCGGCCUCGCAUCACAUGGUCUGCAGACCAGCAGGAGGUGCUGAAAGUGGUAGACGGUGUGCUAUCCCGAGCCGACGCCAACAUCGUGCAGCAGCAGUUCUACUAUGUGAACGGGGGGCCAGGCAGCGGCAAGACGGAGGUCCUCUGCGAGGCUGCCCGCCGGGCCGCGGACGCUGGUCUCCAAGUCCUGAUUCUCGGUCCCACGGGCACUCUGGUGCACACCUAUAAGACCAAGGUUCAGCACGACAACAUCAACGUGGAGACUAUACAUUCCGCGUGGCACAUCUAUCGCAGGGCCGACACUGUUGUGGACUAUGCGCCGCCGUCGCGCUUGCGCACCUAUGAUCUAUUCAUCAUCGCCGAGGCGUCGCAGAUCGAGGACGACGUGGCCGUCCGCUUGCACAACGGCUUCAGGGAGUUGCCGCAGCGGCCCACUAUCUUCUUUGCUGCGGACUUCCAGCAGCUGAAUCCGCUCGGUAGUUCGUCGGCUAUGCGCACGUGGAUCACUGUCAUGACCACUAUUUCGCUGUUCACUAUACAUCGGACAAACGAUGAUCGUCUACUAUCUUUUCUGCGAAAUGUCCGGGUGAUGCAGCCGAGCAAGGCAGUUAUCCGGGCCUUCUUCGCUGGGCGUACGUGGGACUCUAUCAGCUUGGAGCAGGCCGUGCGGAGGGGCAUGCAUCUCGGCGCUAUCCGCGAUGAGCCCUUCCACUGGCUCACCGUGACCAACGAGGGGGCGGAGGCUGUGAAUCUUGCGUGUCUAUCGGCGUGCGGCUACGACAAGCCUGAGAACCUAUCGCCGCUCUGCGGUGACCUCAAG